AUGCGCCCGAAAAGCCGCAGUGAUUUUACAGUCGCUGUUAUUUGCGCCCUUCCCCUUGAGGCUGACGCUGUCGAAGCCCUUUUUGAUGAGCAUUAUGACCGCCUCGGAGAGUACUAUGGCAAACAGCCAGGCGACGCGAAUGCAUACUUAAAUGGAAGGAUAGGCAAUCAUAAUGUAGUUUUGUGCUACAUGCCAGGAAUUGGGAAAGAAAGUGCAGCAAGUGUUGCCUCCAGCUUGCAAGUCAGCUAUACAGAGAUCAAGCUUGCAUUAGUCGUUGGUAUCUGUGGAGGGGCCCCUUCUCCGCCAGUUUACCAAGAAAUAUUCCUAGGUGAUGUCAUGAUCAGUGAUUCUGUGAUUGAAUAUGACUUUGGCAGGCAGUAUCCUGGCGGUUUUCAACAAAAGAGUGCUGUCAAGGACAUACUGGGUAGGCCAAGUCAGGAGAUCCGGGCUCUUCUGAACGGCCUUAGGGCCGAAAAUGCUCGCAAUGAAUUUCAGAGCCAGAUACGAGAACAUCUCCAUGUUCUCCAACAAAGAGGGGCCAAGUGGCAUCGUCCAUAUAUCAAGGAUAUCCUUUUUAAUGCCUCUUAUCUUCAUAAGCAUUACUCUGAUGCUCCUGCAGGGUGCUCCUGUCUUAGGAGUAACUCGCCUGACGAGAUUUGUGAAAUGGCAUUAGAGGAGGACUGUGAUAGCCUUGGAUGUGACAAAAAACAGGCAGUUCGAUGUCGAAAGACCUUGGAAAAUAUCCAGCCCUCUGUAUAUGUUGGACCCAUCGCUUCUGCUGAUACGGUGAUGAAGUCUGGGCAGUACCGUGAUGAGCUUGUCAGAAAAGAAAAGGUUAUUGGCUUUGAAAUGGAAGGGGCAGGGGUGUGGGAUAAUCUUCCAUGUAUCAUUAUCAAAGGGGUCUGUGACUAUGCUGAUAGUCACAAGAGCAAGUCAUGGCAAGCAUACGCAGCAGCAACUGGAGCCUCGGCAGCAAAAGCAUUCUUGAAGUACUGGAUGUCUGCAAACCGCAAAGGUGCAAACAGAAGCAGAAACCGUCACUUGGUGAUCCCCUUUGGGAGAAAUUCCCGCUUUGUGGGCCGCCAGGAUGAGAUCCAUAAGUUGGAAAGUUUAAUCUUCAUGCCUGAUGGACCGAGAAAGCUUGCCAUUACUGGUUUAGGAGGAGUUGGCAAGACUCAAGUAGCCCUUGAGCUAGCGUACCGUAUGCGGGACAGAGAGGCUGACUGUUCAAUUUUUUGGGUCCCAUGCACCAGUUAUGAGGUUGCUGAACAGGCCCUUUUGUCCAUUGCUCAAAGAGUAGAGAUCCAAGACACGCAGCCAGAAAAGUUGAAAGAACGCCUCAAGACUUACUUCGGCCAAGAAGACAAGAAUUGGCUUCUGAUAUUCGACAAUGCAGAUGAUAUGGAUAUGUGGACCAAGGGCAGCAACGACACUCCACCAUUAAAGGACUUUCUUCCCUUAAACAAUCAAGGCCAUAUCAUCUUUACUACUCGGAAUAGAGAACUAGCCGUGGACUUAGCCUCUCCUUAUGUGAUGCAAGUCCCUGAACUUGACAGAAAAACUGGCAUGGAGUUCCUGGAAAAGUCUCUUUGCAAGGACCUGCUUCAUGAUUCUCACGCCAUGAUUCGUCUGCUUGAACAGCUUACUUUCCUUCCGUUGGCUAUAAGCCAGGCCACUGCAUAUAUCAACAAAAAGGGUCUGAAAGUGUCUGAUUACUUGACCCUUCUGGAGGAACAGGAGACAGAUGUUGUGGAGCUCCUUAGCAAGGAUUUUGGUGAUGACCAACGCUAUACAGACGUGCAGAAUCCGGUAGCGAAAACAUGGCUGAUAUCAUUCAAACAGAUUCAGAAGCUAGACCAACUGGCUGUUGAAUAUCUAUUACUCAUGGCCUGCAUUAAUCCACGCAAUAUCCCGCAAGCCUUUCUUCCACCACGAUCAAAGCUGCAGAUGAGUGAUGCUCUUGGACUUUUAAAUGCUUUCUUUUUUAUAACUAUACAACCUGAAAAUGGCUAUAUUAGCCUCCAUCGCUUGGUGCAUCUAGCAACUCGAAACUGGAUGAGGAAGGAGGGAUGGUUCCCACUCUGGAUAACCAAAACAACAGACCGAUUAAGUUCAAUUUUUCCGCAUAACGACCAUGCCAACCGACAAGUUUGGAGGGAAUAUCUCCCCCAUGCGCUUUCCUUAUUGAGAGAGACGGAGUUUCAUAAACAUCAAGAGCAGUACGUUGACUACAUAGAAAAAGUGGGGACCUGUUUGGAUAGUGAUGGAAGGUAUAAUGAGGCGGAAAAGCUGCAGGCCCAGGUGAUAGAGGCCCGAAAAAAGGUACUUGGGCCAGAGCAUCCUUCUACUCUGACCAGUGUGCACAACCUUGCAUCAACAUAUCGGAACCAAGGACGAUGGAGCGAAGCAGAAGAGCUGCAGGAACAGGUGAUAAAGACCUGGAAACAGGUGCUUGGGCUAAAGCAUCCUUUUACGCUGACCAGCAUGGGCAACUUGGCCUUAAUAUACUGGAAUCGAGGACGGUGGAAGGAAGCAGAAGAGCUGCUGGCGCAGGUGAUGGAGAAUCGGAAACAGGUACUUGGGCUGGUGCAUCCUGACACUCUCGCCAGCGUGCACAACCUAGCAGCAACAUACCUGGAUAGAGGGCGAUGGAAGGAAGCAGAAGAGUUAUUUGUGCAGCUAGUAGAGACCCGAAAACAGGUGGUGGGGUUAGAGCAUCCCGACACUCUAACCAGCAUGCACAACCUGGCAUCAACAUACCGGAACCAAGGGCGAUGGAAGGAAGCAGAAGAGUUAUUGACGCACAUACUGGAGGCCUGGAAACGGGUGAUGGGGUCCGAGCAUCCUUCCACUCUAACCAGCAUGCACAAUCUAGCCUCGAUAUUUUGGUGCCAAGGGCGAUGGAAGGAAGCAGAAGAGCUGCUGACGGAGGUGAUUGAGACCCGUAAACGGGUUCUAGGGCCAGAGCAUCCUGACACUCUUUCCAGCCUGCACAACCUGGCAUCAAGGUACCUGGAUAUAGGGCACUGGAAGGAAGCGGAGGGUCUGCUGGCGCAGGUAAUGGAGACCAGGAAACAGGUAUUAGGACCAGCACAUCCUUCUACAUUGACCUGUAUGCACAACCUGGCAUCAGCAUACCAGAACCAGGGACGAUUGGAGGAAGCAGAAGAGUUGCAGGUACGAGUGAUGGAGGCCUGGAAACAGGUGGUAGGGUCCAAGCAUCCUUCCACCUUAACCAGUAUGGACAACCUGGCAACCACAUACCGGAAGCAAGGACGAUGGAAUGAAGCAGAAGAGUUGCAGGUACAGGUGAUGGAGACGUGGACACAGGUCCUAGGGCCAGAGCAUCCCGAUACACUAAUCAGCAUGGCCAACCUUGCAUCAUUAUACUAUAAUCAAGGACAAUGGAACAAAGCAGAAAAGCUACAGGUGCAGGUAAUGGAGACUCGGAAACAGGUGCUAGGGCCAGAGCAUCCUCACACGCUAACCAGCAUGCUCAACCUUGCCUUUACAUUCAAGAAUCUGGGAAAUAACCUAGAUGCCCUGCGGCUUAUUAAGGGUUAUGCGGGCCUCUGCAACAAGGUGUUAGGCUCAAAUCAUCCGCAGGCUAUACUCUCGCUCAGUACCCUUAACGAAUGGGAAUCUGAAGCGGAACAGCUCACAAAAGGUCAGAAACAACAGACUUUAGCAGACACUUCCUCUUCCCUAGCACUGCCGCAGUCUUAUGCCGGUGAACAAGGUGCAUCAGAAUUAAAAACUGCAGGCGGCAAACGGCGGCGAUUAUCAUGA